AUGACCACUCCCGCCGACGCUGCCCAAUCUCUGGCGCAGACCAGCAAAGACCAGAUUCCUCUGACCACUGCCGAAGCUGCCGUUCUGGCCACCAGCUCUGUUAGCGACGGCGCCAAUCCCACCAACGAUGCCCCGCGAGGACAGCCCGCCGCCGCCGCCUCCGGUGCCUCCGAACUCGCCCGUACAAAGAUAACUCUGCUCGGUGCGCUCAAGCACUUCCCGGACUUCCCGAUCCCCGGCAUCAAGUUCAUCGACAUUCUGCCACUGUUCCAGGACCCCGCCAUCCACGAGACUCUGCUGCGUGCCCUCGAGCUCCAGGUCCUCGAGUUCGGCGAGCAAGCGAAACCUGAUGUCGUUGUGGGGUUGGAUGCCCGGGGCUUCCUCUUCGGGCCUUCGCUUGCGCUGCGUCUCAACGCGAGCUUUGUGCCCGUCCGCAAGAAGGGCAAGAUGCCUGGCCCCUGCGUGACGGCCGCCUACGAAAAAGAAUACGGCACCGACUUUUUCCAGAUGCAAGAGGGUGCCGUGAAGCCUGGCCAGAAAGUGCUGGUGGUUGAUGACAUUAUUGCUACCGGUGGCUCUGCUGCUGCCGCUGGCUCCCUCGUCAAGCAGUUGGGAGGUGAAUUGAUGGGAUACCUCUUCAUCCUCGAGAUCCCGGUCCUGAAUGGCCGGUCCAAGCUUGGCGGUGUUCAGACGGUCACUCUUCUCGAGACGAACGAAUGA